AAUAACAAGAUGAUGGAUGAGAAGUUAAUUAAUGAUCGCAUCAUCAGUGUCGUAUAUAAAUACAACGGACCAGUUGCAACCUCUUAGAAGUCUUUCGAGUGCCAAUAGAAUAACAAUGACGAAAUACCUGGUGUUCGCCAUCCUCGUGGCCGUUGCGGCCGGAUCCCCCGCGUUCAACGCCAACCUGAACCCCAUGUCGCCGACUGGUCGAAUCGUUGGCGGAACAAGUGUCCAGAUCGAGGAAAUUCCCUACCAGGUGCAUUUCCGUGUUCUCGGAUCUAACCUCUGCGGUGGAAGCAUCAUCUCCGAGAACUGGCUCAUUUCCGCUGCUCACUGCUUCUCGUACCCAGCAAGCUGGUACACAGCCCGAGUAGGAUCCACAACAUCAAACGCUGGCGGAAGCGUUCAUACCCUCAGUACAAUUGUCAACCACGAAGAUUAUCGCAGCAAUCAGUAUGGCAUUCCCUUCGAUGACGUAUCUGUCCUAAAGUUGACGGAUCCCAUCAACUUCGACGUAAGCCGUCAACCCGUUCCUUUGUACAAUGACGGGGAAGAGGCCAAAGUAGGAGCACUGAGUGUCAUCACCGGCUGGGGUGCCCUUUCUCAGGGUGGUGCCGGUACCAUCCAUCUUCAAGCUGUCACGGUACCCAUUGUCUCCAAGGAAGAAUGUGAUUCAGCCUAUUCCAUAUGGAGUGGUCUACCCUACGGACAGAUCUGCGCUGCUUACCCAGAAGGUGGCAAAGACGCCUGCCAAGGUGACUCUGGUGGGCCACUGGUCAUCGAUGGCCGCCUUGCUGGUAUUGUUUCCUGGGGCAACGGAUGCGCUCGGCCUGGAUUCCCUGGUGUCUAUACUGAAGUAGCUUAUUACCGCAACUGGAUCCACGGGAAGACCGCCAUCUAAGAAGGGUCCUUUUAUAAUUGUCACCGUUCAAAUAUAUGAUUUCGUUCACUGUAUUUUUUUAAUGUCUAGAACAAUGCUUGCUGUAAUUGUAUACGAAAAUACAUAUAAUUAAAUUGAGUAUAUGUUACAAAUA